AAAAAGAAAACCCAAAGACCACCCACAGUUUCCUAGUCCAUUAGUUGAUUAAACAUCUCUCUGUUCUUUGUUCCCAGAUUUUCAGUUACUUUCCCGAACAUUUCUGGGUUUUUUUAAAAAUCUGUUUUUAAUGGUCAAUACUGACGGGACUUGUACUCCACUCACAAUUUGGAAAAAUUUGGGUCUUUGGGGGUGACUUUGAAUUGUUCAAAACGAUUCAAGAUAAAGCCUUUGAUUGCUCUAGACUUGUGUCGUCCAAAUUCUUCAACUUUGAGGGGUGGGGGUAUUUGAUGGAUUGGAUAUUGUGAAUUCUUCGAAUUCUUUUGGAUUAGUUUGUAGAUGGUGAAUUAAGGGUUCUUAAAGUAGGUUUAUUUGUUGUUGUCGACUGUAAUUGAGUGUACAUAUAAUACAAACAUGGGUUGCAUGAAUUCCAAGUCCCCGGCUGUCGAAGAUAGUCGUGAGAAUCACAAAGAGAGGCUCAGACCAAAAGGGUCAUCGUCAAGAAGAGAGGAGAUCGUUGUUGGAUCGAAGGAUAAAUUCGAUGUCGGUGAUGUUAAAGUAUUGUUGAUUGAUAAGAAAACGAGUGGUUCCAAUCCUUAUUGUUAUAAUGAUCAGGCUGAGAAGGAGAGGAUUAUUGAUAAGUUUGAAGUGAUUGAGACAGUCGAUAAAGUCGAAAACUUUGAGGUUACUACAACAAUUGCAGCCCAUCAUCAUCAUCAUCCUGGUUCCGGAAGGGUGUUGAAUAGCAUAAAAGGCGAGCAGGUUGCAGCUGGAUGGCCUUCCUGGCUUGUUGCUGUGGCAAGUGAAGCUAUCAAAGGAUGGAUACCUCGAAGGGCCAACACCUUUGAGAAGCUGGAUAAAAUUGGCCAAGGAACUUAUAGUAGCGUGUACAAGGCAUGCGAUGUGGUUCAUAAUAAACUGGUGGCCCUAAAAAAAGUACGAUUUGAUAAUCAUGACCCUGAGGUGUGAAAGAGUGUGAAGUUCAUGGCAAGGGAGAUUAAUCUCUUACGAAGACUUGAUCAUCCGAAUGUUAUCAAAUUGGAAGGCUUGAUCACAUCCCCAAUGUCAUGCAGCUUAUACCUUGUUUUUGAAUACAUGGAACAUGAUCUCGUGGGACUUGCGUCGCUUCCUGGAAUCAAGUUUUCCGAGCCUCAGAUUAAAUGCUAUAUGCAGCAACUUCUAGGUGGACUUGAUCAUUGUCACAGCCAUGGUGUCCUCCAUCGUGACAUAAAGGGUUCAAAUCUUCUCAUUGACAGUAAUGGAAUCUUAAAGAUUGCAGAUUUCGGUUUAGCAUGCCAUUUUGAUCCUCAUGAUAGUGUUCCAAUGACGAGCCGUGUAGUGACUCUUUGGUAUCGACCACCGGAACUUUUGUUGGGAGCUUCUUAUUAUGGGGUUGCAAUAGAUUUAUGGAGUGCUGGUUGCAUACUUGGAGAGCUAUAUUCUGGCAAACCUAUUUUGCCCGGUAAAACAGAGGUUGAGCAGUUACACAAGAUUUUUAAGCUAUGUGGCUCACCAUCCGAAGAAUACUGGAGAAGAGCAAAAUUACUUUAUUCAACGGUGUUCAAGCCUCUUCACCCUUAUAGACGAUGCAUUGCUGAAACGUUUAAAGAUUUUCCUUCUCCUGCUGUAAGUCUCAUGGACACCUUGCUUUCAAUAGAUCCUGUUCAUCGCAGAACUGCAGCGUUUGCUCUGAAGAGUGAGUUCUUUACAACACAACCUUUUGCAUGUGAUCCUUCAAGUUUACCCAAAUAUCCUCCUAGCAAGGAGAUCGAUGCUAAGUUGCGGGACGAAGAAGCUAGAAGGCAAAGAGCAGUUGAGAGCAGGUCAAGGGUUGACAUUGAAAGGAGGGGGCAGAAGGAACUGGUUUCUACGACAUCAUCCAACUCUAAUGCUGAGCUGACCUCGUUCUUGCAGAGAAGACAACUGCAUCCUAAUUUGAAGAGCAGGAGUCAAAUGUCGAACGCUCGCAACACAGAUGGAUUUUCUGGUUUAUUGGUUGAUCCCUCUAAACAAACUAAUGCUGCAAAAGAAAAUAGUAGAGACUUCUUGGAGUACAAUAGAAAGAAAGUUUCGCAUUCUGGUCCAUUGGUCUAUGGUGUUGCAUUCGGGAAAUCUGGGAAGGAACCCGAUGAUCUUACUAGGCUCCCAUCCAGGGCUAACUUAUCGAAGUUAUCCGGUUUAGUAGCAACUAGAAAAUUGGCUCCUGAAGAUCACAGAGACAGAUCUGGACCUUCGACUCCGGAUGCAGUGAACCAAGCCAGUAGGUCUCGCAGAUCGUUUAAUGAACUAGAGCCUCCAGGAAAACACAACGUCAGACGCCAUAUGCCGAAGACUGCCGAAUCCCCACAGAGAGGAGGUGGUAGACCAUGCGUUAAGGAACCGAUGCAUGGUCGUGGUCCGAGGGGAAACAAAAUCUACGUCUCGGGUCCAUUACUUGCACCAUCUGAGAAUGUCGAUCAAGUGCUCAAGGAGCACGACCGUAAGAUUCAAGAAUUCGCUCGAAGAGCAAGACUCGACAAGAAAAAAACCGGGAAACUACAAGCUCAAGGUAAGCAAGGGACAGAAAAUUCAUUGUUCUUCACUUCUCGCGGAGCUGGAUAGAUGUUUCAUACUAUUUUCUUUUUUUCGAUCUUAGUGAUGAAGAAGCUGGAAAAUCAGGUAAUCUAUUAGCAAGAGAUCAUUAGAUUACAGGAUUUACCAUGUAUAGUGAGUCCCCAUAUGGGUAGAGCUCAAGGAAAAAAAUAUAGUAUUUGAGCAAAAGUACUCAUUAAACUCCCUUUGAUUUGGUUAGCCAUAAAUUUAUCUGGAAUUGUAGCUGAUU